CUGAAAAUCACGUGGAAAAUCCUAAACUUCUCACUUGCUAAAAUUCAGGUGACGUAAAAUGAAAAACAAACAAAACAUUUCCCAUGAGUCUCUAGAGAUCCAAUUUCCCCGGCAAAUCUACACGUGCCGCGAUUAAUUCGAAAUCCCGACCACGACAGAGGAGAAAUAUUGACCAUGUCCCAAGAGAAGCCAGACGCUUGCAGCCAGACCCAGUCACAGCCAGACGCUUGCAGCCAGACCCAGUCACAGCCUCCGACCCAGUCCCAGAGUGGCUCCAGCUCCUCCUCUGCUCCAGGCUCUGCCAGCCAGUCAUCCUCUGGGUCUGGCACAGUCAGUUCAGUGGACACCAUCCCCGUUAGGGACCUGGGCUCCAUACCAGAGGAGCAUGAGCCACAGCCCUGGGGCCUCCUGCUGCCUAUGCAGAGAGGCUUCCGAGCCCACAACUGUGUUGAGGACGACGCUUGGUUUGGCCGGCACACUAAAUGCAACUAUUCCUUUGAUGUCCCCAUACUGAGGAAAUCGUCCAGAUUUGCUGCAUACAGCAAUAAACAUUUUAGGAUAUUCAGAGAGAAGAACAUUGUCUAUGUCUUUGACAACAGUAACAAUGGCACGUUUGUUGAUGGUAAAAUGAUUGGAAAAGGAAAAAUGUUGCCACUAGCGAACAAUGCAGUGUUGUCCCUUGCUGAAGAACGCCACAAAGUGUUUGUGUUCAUUGAUCUCAUGGUGGAUGAGCAGUCCAACCUACCCAAAGAGUUAAGCGAGAAAUACAUGAUCACCAAAAAGAUUGGAGUUGGUGUGUGUGGGGAAGUGAAGCUGGCUUUUGAGAGGGCCACUUGCAAAAAGGUGGCCUUGAAGACUAUCAACAAGAAAGAUUUCCCGGCAUCUGUUGGCACUGCCACGCGAUGUGCAGAACGAGAGAUCCAGAUUCUUCAAAAGAUUGACCAUCCUUGUCUGAUCAAAACAAAAGACUUCUUCCAAACAGAUGACUCAUACUACAUUGUUUUAGAGUUCAUGGAGGGUGGAGAACUCUACGACCGGGUCAAAAGCAAGCAACAGAUCAAGGAGCCGAUUGCCAAGCUAUAUUUUUACCAGAUGUUGAAAGCAGUAGAGUACCUUCACAACAAUGGCAUCAUCCACAGAGACCUCAAACCUGAAAAUGUGCUGCUUUCGUCUCACGAUGAUGUUUGCAUCAUCAAGAUCACAGACUUUAAUCAGUCCAAGAUACUGGAGGAGUCUGCCCUGAUGAGGACCCUUUGUGGAACACCCACAUACCUGGCACCAGAGGUGUUUACAGACGCAGUCACUGUGGGCUACAGCAGGGCUGUAGACGCCUGGAGUUUAGGGGUCGUCCUGUUUGUGUGUUUGGCAGGCUAUCCCCCAUUCUACCCGAAUGCACGAAUUGGUUUGUCAGUCAGUGAUCAGAUCACCCAGGGAAUAUAUACAUUUAUUCCAUCAAAAUGGGACGGCAUCUCCGAUGAUGCCAAAGAUGUUGUGAAGAAACUGCUUCGAGUGGACCCCAAUGCCCGCCUCACCAUUGAGGAGGCAUUACAGCAUCCCUGGCUGAUGGAUGAGGCAAUGAAGGAGACCGCUGAAGGCAUCAUGUACCCCAAGGACCCCCGAGAUGCCGACGCCACAGCAGACCCCGGAGAUGCCGACGCCACAGCAGACCCCGGAGAUGCCGACGCCACAGCAGACUCCGGAGAUGCCACAGUAGCCUCAACCGGAAAGAGGUCAAGAGAUGAUAAGGAAGAGCAGCAGCCAACAAAGAGGUGACCAGGCCCAUCCAGAGGCAACAUGAGCCACAUUCUACCCUCGUCACCCUAUUGGAGACUCCCCUGAUAUUUUUCUUCUGGCAAUUAGGCCUACUUGAAAUCAGUAUAUUGCAUUUCAACACCAAUCACUGUAAUCAUUCCCACCUGUCCCUGUUCAGGAUAGUGCAAUCAACUGGAAUUUACUUGAUUACUGCAUGUUGAGUUCGAACUCGUGGGCACAUGCGGAGCUAGCUCCACAUUGUUACGAUGGUGAUAUGUGAAUGCUUCCAUACAGCAGUUAUACAUUAGCUAGUGUAAAGCAUAGCAGGUACAUUUUCAACUAACCAGUUCUUGGCGAUACUUUUUGUCAUUCUCAAUUCUGGAGAACAGUAUCUUCUCGAUGUCCAGUUGCAGGUGGUUCUCCAAAAAGAUAUUAAAUCCACGUUUGCACUGAGUGAGGAGUUCCCUCGCCAUUUUAUCUGCAUCUUGUGUUUCCCCGAGAGCUUUGCAGGAACUAGAUGUUUCGAUGUGACACGGCCACAUGUAGGCGACGGAGCGUCACACAGUGGGACCAAAACAAAUAUCUGCAGACAUGCAAGAGGCAUUUGCAUUUCUCACUCGAUACAAAACGUGGAUUUAAUAUCUGUUUGAAUAUUCAUUUUUUUUAGGGGAGAAACACCUGCAACUGGACAUUUUAUAAGAUAUACUUUUCUCCUAUAUCAAGAACAAAGAAAGUAUCACCAAGAACAGGUUAGUUGAAAAUUGGUCUGCUAUGCCUUAUACUAGCUAAUGUGUAAUGUAUGGAAGCAUUCAUAGAUCAGCGCAACAAUGUGGAGCUAUGUCUACUGGAAAUUGCCUCCUGUUUUGUAAAUUGUUUUUGUACAAAAUUGUUAUUUUGCACUGGGUUUUUAUUGUUGUGCAUCCCAUAAUUCUUGAUUUGUAUCUCAUAAAAAAAAUCUUACUUUAUUGAACAUUUUCA